AUGUCUGCUCUCGAUAUCAAGAGUAUUAACACGAUCCGUGUUUUGGCGGUCGACACCGUCUUCAAGGCCAACUCGGGCCACCCAGGAGCCCCUAUGGGUCUCGCUCCAGCCGCUCACGUUCUGUUUCAACAGAUGAAGUUCAACCCAAAGAACCCAGACUGGAUUAACAGAGACAGAUUUGUUCUUUCUAAUGGUCACGCUGUUGCUCUUCUGUACACUCUGUUGCACCUUUACGGGUACUCACUCACCUUGGAUGACCUCAAGUCUUUCAGACAGAUCAACUCCAAGACGCCUGGUCACCCAGAAGCUGACAUUCCAGGUGUUGAGGUCACCACCGGUCCUCUUGGUCAAGGUAUUGCCAACGCCGUUGGUUUGGCCAUUGCUCAGGCCCAGUUUGCUGCCACGUAUAACAAGCCAGACUUCAAGAUCUCCGACAACUACACCUACGCCAUCUUUGGUGAUGGUUGCAUGAUGGAGGGUGUUGCUUCCGAGGCAUGCUCCCUGGCUGGUCACUUGCAAUUGGGCAACCUGAUUGCCUUCUACGAUGACAACCACAUCUCCAUCGAUGGUGACACCAACAGUGCCUUCACUGAAGACGUCACCAAGAGACUUGAGUCCUACGGUUGGGAAGUGUUGUGGGUUCACAACGGUAACGAGGACCUUGCUGCUAUUGCUGCUGCUCUUGAGCAGGCCAAGAAGUCCAGCAAGCCAACCUGUAUCAGAUUGACCACCACCAUCGGUUACGGUUCCCUCUUGCAAGGUUCUCACAGCGUUCACGGUUCUCCUUUGAAGGCUGAUGACAUCAAGCAGCUCAAGGAGAAGUGGGGCUUUGACCCCUCCAAGACGUUUGACGUCCCACAGGAGGUUUACGACAGCUACGCUAAGACUGCGGCCGCCGGUGCUGCUGCUGAGGCUGAGUGGAAUGAGCUGUUCUCCAAGUACCAAGCCGCCUACCCUGAGCUGGGUGCCGAGUUGGCCAGGCGUCUUAAGGGCGAAUUGCCAGCCGGCUGGGAGAAAAACCUUCCAACUUACACACCAGCUGACCCAGCUGUUGCUUCCAGAAAACUGUCCGAGACCGUGCUCACCAAGAUCCAGGCUGCUUUGCCCGAGCUUGUUGGUGGUUCUGCCGAUUUGACCGGCUCAAACUUGACCAGAUGGCCAUCUGCCGUUGACUUCCAGCCACCAUCAACUGGAUUGGGUGAGUGGUCCGGUCGCUACUUCCGUUUCGGUGUGCGUGAACACGGUAUGGGAGCUAUCAUGAACGGUAUCUCUGCCUUCGGUGCCAACUACAAGGCCUUCGGUGGUACUUUCCUCAACUUCGUUUCGUACGCCGCCGGUGCCGUGAGACUGUCUGCUCUCUCUGGUCACCCAAUCAUCUGGGUUGCCACCCACGACUCCAUCGGUCUUGGAGAAGAUGGUCCAACCCACCAGCCUAUCGAGACCUUGGCCCAUUUCAGAGCUAUUCCAAACCUCGCCGUCUGGAGACCAGCCGACGGUAAUGAGACCUCUGCUGCCUACUACCAGGCUCUCACCUCCACCCAUACCCCUUCGAUCAUUGCUCUGUCGAGACAGAACCUUCCUCAAUUGGAGGGCUCUUCCAUCGAGAAGGCCUCCAAGGGUGCCUACACUUUGGUUGCUGCUGACAAGCCCGAUGUGAUCAUCGCCGCUACCGGUUCCGAGGUGUACAUUGCCGUCGACUCCGUCAAGGUUUUGGCUGCCCAAGGUAUCAAGGCUUCCGUUGUUUCGGUUCCAGACUUCCAUACUUUCGACCGUCAAACCGAGGAGUACCAGCUCAGCGUUUUCCCAGACGGUGUGCCAAUUCUGUCCGUUGAGGUCAUGUCCACUGCUGUGUGGUCCAAGUACUCGCACGAGCAGUUUGGUAUCAACAGAUUUGGUAUCUCCGGUAAGGCUGCUGACAUCUACGAAUACUUUGGCUUCACCCCAGAGGGAAUUGCCGAGAGAGCCACCAAGACUGUGGAAUUCUACAAGGGCAAGGAGUUGCUCUCUCCUCUGCACAAGGCUUUCUACUCAGCCAAGUACGAGUUCCACAAGUAUUAG